AUGGCCAUGGCGGUGCCCCAUUACCGGUGCCAGCCGGCGGGUGGGGCCGGCCACGGGCGCAACCCUGCCACCGUGAGGGUGGAGUGCACCGCCGCGGACUGCGGGGCGCUCUUGGAGGUCAAUGUGCCUCAGGAGCAGGCGUCGCAGAACCCGUUGGUCGUCAGAUGCGGGAACUGCAAAAAAUUACUGCAAGUCGAGCUGUUUGAGAAGCAGUCAAGCCCCGAGGACGAUUGUGCACACUAUGGGGCGCCGCACAUGCACACCUCCAGCCCACAGCCACCUCCGACGCCUCCAUCUGCCCAGUCGCAUGUUUAUGAUCACGGUGGCACGAGGAAUGCCAUCCAAGUGCCGCAACUCACCAUGCCGGCCCCGCUAUCCCGAUCCUUGUUCCGAACGUCGUGCUCUCCCAGAUCAUCUGACCCCCAGUACUCCCACCCAAUGGCCAGCCACUACCUAUCCCCCAGCGACCCCUACUACCAGCCCUACCCCGCGAAUUUCGGCCCUCCCCAGCCCCCUGGCGCCCGAGUGUACCCAGGCCCGGAUGCGAUGGCCAGCCGCGGCCACCUGCAGACGCAUAUGGGCUCGCGAAUGAGCCACUCCUCUGCCCACAGCUCACGAAGGUGGAACAUGGGUCCGGGCCACGUGGAGGGCCAUGGAGGAUUCAACGGCCUCAUGGCCUCCUUUGGGGUGCCCCAUGCAAGGACCGCCGGGGGUCCCUUCUUCCGUGAACCAAGCGAAAUGUCUCUGGAAGAUGGGAGCCGACAGAAGAAGAGUGAGAACGGUGCCCAACGCAAGCCCCCGCCUGGUUCUUGUGUUGCAAGGACAUCCAAUAUAUCCUGGCAGCACUGCGUGUUUGUAAAUCAAUUCACACAGUUGUGUGUGUGCCGUGCGCAUGUCAUCCUUUUGCAGCUGUCCUGCGAGCGGCAUUGA